CUUUUCAAGCCGCCAUCUUCUAGAGGCAUCAAAAUGGUUCGCAUGAACGUGUUGGCGGAUGCUCUAAAUUCCAUCUUUAAAGCUGAGAAGCGUGGCAAGAGACAAGUGCUCAUCAGGCCUUGCUCCAAAGUGAUUGUCCGUUUCCUCACCGUCAUGAUGAAACAUGGGUACAUUGGUGAAUUUGAGAUCGUUGAUGAUCAUCGAGGCGGAAAAAUUGUAGUGAACCUCACAGGAAGAUUAAACAAAUGUGGUGUGAUCAGUCCACGAUUUGACAUUGCCCUUCGUGAUAUGGAGAAGUGGACAACAAAUCUACUGCCAUCAAGACAGUUUGGUUUUCUUAUCCUGACCACGUCCGGGGGAAUCAUGGACCAUGAAGAGGCCAGGAGGAAACACUUGGGAGGGAAGAUACUGGGCUUCUUCUUCUAGUGAUCACAUAAAUGGAAAAGAGACUCUGCCAAUUUGGGUGACCCUUCCAUGUAUGCACAGAAAUAAAUGGUUGGGGAAAAA